AUGUAUCAACUAAAGCGACUAUGUAGUCCCAUCUCCAACGUUUUUUUGUCAUCCAACAUGGUCGUCAACCCCAAGCCCUUUUUGAAGGACCUUCAGGGCAAACAAGUUCUGGUCAGAUUGAAAUGGGGGCCCACUGAGUACAAAGGCACUCUGCUGAGCACAGACUCGUACAUGAAUCUCCAGCUCGACCAGGCCGAAGAGAUCAUCAACGGCGAGUCCAAGGGCGUGUUGGGCGAGGUCUUGAUCCGAUGCAACAACGUUCUAUGGAUCGCCAGAGCAUGA